AUGAUGAGCAGAAAUCUGGAAAAACCUUCCCUACUCCCAAGCAAAUGGCACCUCACGCUGCUCAGAGAGAAGGCAGCCUGUAGAAAGUCACUAAUCCAGACCCUCGCAAUUAGUACAGAGCAGAAAGAGUUCAUCCACCCAGCACUUGCAGAGUGCUACCAGAGCCAACCACUAAACACUGAGAAUUGCAAUAAAGACAGAUUGGCUCAUGGGAAGCUAAGGCUCAAAAGCCCAAUCUCCGUGGUCCAGGGUAUAGGGGAGUGCAGAAGCGCUGGUGUUAAAAAGGCUGCACAGUCAGCCCCGAAAGUUGUCCUAAAAAACACCACCAAGAUAUCUCUAAAUGAGUGCUUUACUAGUAUGCUGAAGAACAAACAGCCGAUACCAGUGAAUAUUCGGGCUUUGAUGCAGCAGCAACGGCAGCGAACCAGAGCCAGAAACAGAAGACUGGCCCAGCAGAUGGAGAAUAGACCCUCUGUCCAGGCAGCAUUAAAAAUUAAGCAGAAGACCUUAAAGCAGCUCCUGGGUAAGAGUAACAUCCAGGUACAGUUAGGUCAACCCAUAGGGGCCCUGGCCAGGGGAGCAAUGGGAGGAGGAAGCCUGCCCACAAUCCAGAGAGGCUCGGCCAGAGGAGGACUACGUGGGGGACGGGCCAUGAGAAUCUUACUUCACGGCGGAAUCGGUGGUAGAGGUCAGGGUAUGAUAGGUCGGGGAAGAGGGGGCUUGGGAGGCAGAGGCCGAGGCCGUGGACGAGGGAGAGGUGCCCUUUCUCGCCCUGUACUGACCGAGGAGCAGCUGGACAACCGAUUGGAUGCGUACGUGUGGAAAACAGAAGGACACCUAGAUGCCGAGUUCGAUGCCAACAAGGCACAGAGAGAUCCGGAAACCAAUGAUUGA